UCCAAACUCACUCACCGUUAUUACAAACACUAUGGCUGCUCGCUUUCUCUCUUUUUUCAUCCUUGCCUCUUUCCUUGCCCUAGCUUCCUUGCAUGGGGGCCAUGCUGUCGAAUUUGUUGUCGAAAACCGGGCCCCGAACACCCCCGGCGGUAUCCGCUUUACAAAUGAGCUGGGGUUGGACUACACCCAGCAAACAAUGGGAACCGCCACAGAUUUCAUUUGGAACCUCUUCGCGGAAACUACACCGGCAGAUAGAAGGGACGUGCAACGCGUGAGCUUGUUUGUGGAAGACAUCGAUGGCAUUGCAUUUUCCAGCAACGAUGAGAUUCAUGUCGGGGCUAAAUACAUUGAGGGCAUACAGGGUGAUAUCAAAACAGAUUUCAAUGGGGUACUUUACCAUGAGAUGACACAUUCAUGGCAGUGGAAUGGACAGGGUCAAGCUCCUGUUGGAUUGAUAGAAGGGAUUGCAGACUUUGUGAGGUUGAAGGCGGAUUAUGUGCCCAAUGGAUGGGUAAAGUCGGGUGAAGGUCAAAGGUGGGAUGAAGGUUAUUCAGUGACUGCAAGGUUCCUGGACUAUUGCAAUGAUCUUCAACAAGGGUUUGUGGCUGAACUGAACAAGAAGAUGAGAGAUGGCUACAGUGACAACUUCUUUCAGGAGCUGCUUGGGAAGACAGUUGAUCAACUGUGGACCGACUACAAAGCUAAAUUUGCAAACUAAUAGUUAUUAAUGUUAUGAAAGUCUAGUUCCAACGUUGGAUUAAAAUAAAUUAGAUAAAUGAAAAAAACAGUCCAAAUAAUUAGUGGAAUAAUAGUCUAUUGGUUAUGUUGUUUGCAUAUUUGUGAGAGUAAAAUUAUAUUGUUGAUGCAUUAUUAUUG